GAAAAUUCGUUACAGACUGCCGUUCAUUUUAACGCAUCCUUCUAAACCAUUUAACGAAAUUUAGAUAUUCAAGGACCCUCGUGCAAUCAAAAGUCCUUUUCCUUUUACAUCACAACUCAUUCAAGUAGCAAGUUUCCCAAACCGUUUAAAUUCCUAGUAAAAUGAUUUUGAGUGCCGUGCUGCCUGUGAUUUUGCCUUUCCUCUUGGCUCACGGCUACAACUACUGCAACAACAGGACCCACAGGUGCAUCCUGGAGAAUAACGUACACUUCAUGUGCAAGCUGGACAAGAUUCCCUCGCUGGGCGGUACGCGGUACCAUGCCGUUGUGCCGGAUACCCCGAAACUGCGAUCGGAGAUUCUGAGGAUCAUAAACCAUUUUCGCAACCAGUUUGCGGGCGGCGGAUUCAGGACGAGCCAGAACAGGACAUUCGCAACGGCCAGCCGGAUGCGCCAAGUCAUGUGGGACAGCGAGCUGGCGUACAUGGCCCGCGCCCACGCCUCCACCGUGUCCUUCAAGCACACCCUGUGCCGCUCCACCCUGCGGUUCCCCGAAGUGGGCGAGUGCCUGUCCAUGAUGGUGCCCAAGCACAAGCACACUGUUCGCGAGGCAUUGCACAAGUUGUUCAAACUUAUGUUCGACGAGCAUCUCAACAUUAUGGAUCCAGAUGCUCUGCUCGAGGCCUUCCACCCCAUCAGGGAGUACAUCUGCGCACACUUCACCAUCUUGAUCAGCGAUCGGGUAUCGCGCGUGGGAUGUGGCGUUGCCGUGGGAACCAACUGUCGCCAAGGGUCCACCUCCAACUUCUGCCACUUCCUGACCUGCCACUUCGACUUCGACAACGUGAACGGAUCGUAUGUCUAUAAGGCAGGUAAGCCUGUCUCCUCCUGCGGGGAUUGGGGCACAGGCAGGUCCAAGGAGUUCGCGCAUCUGUGCAGUAACGAUGGAUCAUUGAUAAGGCCUAGAGGAAUUGGAGUUUGUAUAUUGAUAUAUCAUUUGUACUGGGCAAUCUGGGUAACCAAUGCAAAGCAUUCGUGCGUGAUCGGCACACCGUAUAAAUUCGAAGUAAAGAUGAUCGGGAGGCUUUUGAUACCUUUGAUACUGCUUCUGCCACUGGCCUCCGGCUACAACUACUGCAACAACAAGACGCACAAGUGUGUGCUGGAGAACAAGAAGCACUUCAUGUGCCAUCUUCAGGACUUUACCGUCUACGGGAACAAGACCAAGUUCUUUGCCUCAGUUCCGAACAACCUAAGGAUGCAGCGGCUAGUACUGGACAUCCUCAACCAACUGCGGAACGAGUUUGCGGGCGGUGAACUGACGACGAAGGGCAACAAGAAGUUCGCGAGGGCCAGGCGGAUGCGCAGCCUCUUGUGGGACAAGGAGCUGGCCUACAUGGGCCACAACCAUGCGUCCACCUUGUCCCUGAUGCCGUCGCCGUGCCGGUCCACCCUGCGGUUCCCCCACGUCGGCGAGGCCAUUGCCCUGGUGACCCGCAGAGAGAAGGUCAAUCUGAAGGAGAUAUAUUCGAUGGCGUUCACCUCGAUGUUCGCCGAGUACCAGGAUGUCGCCGAUCCAGACGGUCUCCUCAAGGCCUUUGAUCCUAGCAGGGACUCGCAGGUGCACUACUUCACCAACCUCAUCAGCGACCGAGUGUCACGCGUGGGAUGUGGCAUUGCCGUGGGCUCCGACUGCCAUCCAACCUUCAAGUUCUGCCACUUCGUGACCUGCUACUUCGACUUCAGCAACCUGGCUGGCUCGUAUGUGUACAAGGCCGGGGAUCCCACCUCCUCCUGUGACGACUGGGGCGUCGUUAGCUCCGAUAAGUAUGCGAAUCUCUGCAAGAACAGCGGCGAGAUUUUCCCCCACGAUCACGGAGAUCGGGCCGAGUGAAAGUCGGAUGCUGAGGUGUUUAGUAUAUUCGUACAUUUAUAUAUGUUUUUCAAGCACAGGAGUCCGACUUAGAAAACCUCCCAGAACCCGAAAUACAAUCCUUACAUUUCCUACGA